GUUCUCACUCCCUCCACUCGAUCUCAUCGGAGCAGCAAGCCCAAGGGCCAGGGAUGGAGGGCGGCUCCUCCGCCGGCGGCCGCCGGAGCUGGAGCAUCUACGGCCGCGUAGAGAUAACCGCCCGCUACGAGAUCCUUGAAGGUAUCGGCUCCGGCGCUUAUUCUGACGUCUACCGUGCCCGCCGCCUCUCCGAUGGUCUCACUGUCGCUCUUAAGGAGGUGCACGAUUAUCAGAGCUCCUUGCGCGAGAUCGAGGCCCUCCAGGCCCUUCGUGGCUCCUCCAACGUCGUCAACCUCAUCGAGCAUUUCUGGCAAGAUGGCGAGGACGCCGUCCUCGUGCUGGAGUUCUUCCAGACUGACCUCGCGACGGUGAUCAAAGAGGGGAAGAGGAGGGAUGGAGGGAUUGGGGUCGGGGAUGUGAAGCAGUGGAUGCUCCAGAUCUUGUGCGGAGUGGACGCUUGCCAUCGGAGAGGGAUCGCGCAUCGUGAUCUCAAGCCGUCUAAUCUACUCAUCGGUGCUGAUGGUGUCCUUAAGCUCGCGGAUUUUGGUCAGUCAAGGAUACUUAAUGCCUUUGAGCAAGUCCCAACAAAUGAGGAAUGGAUGCCUGACCCUCCCACCACUGAUCAGGAGGUGAACCAGUCAUCAGUUGAAGGAUACGAAAACCAGACUUCCCAAGAGUUGAGACCUCUUAAUGAAGAAGAUUAUCUUCAACAGUUAGAUGGCUUCAAGAAGAGACACGUAACCGAUGAUACUGAUAAGGAGAGUAAUCUGCAAGAUGGUGAUGUGUCUUGUCUAGCUACUUGCAGUACUGGUGAGAUGGAAGAGGAUCCAGACAAAGGCUCUUAUUUUUCUGUGGAUGAUGAGAGUGCUGAACAUGAAUCUGGUGCCUUCACUUCUUAUGUCGGGACACGAUGGUUUCGGGCACCUGAGCUUCUCUUCGGCUCCACUAAUUAUGGGCUAGAAAUCGAUCUAUGGGCAUUGGGCUGCAUUUUUGCUGAGCUUUUAAGUUUAAAACCUCUCUUUCCUGGAACUUCAGACAUUGAUCAACUAGCGAAGGUCAUCUCUGUCUUGGGUGAUUUGAACGAAGAAUCCUACCCAGGUUGUUCUAAGUGGCCUGAUUACAAUAAGAUAUCAUUUAACAAGGUUGAGAUUCCAAUCAGCUUGGAAGCAUGCCUGCCGAAUCGUUCUCCCUCUGAAGUUAAUUUGGUGAAGAGGCUUGUUUGCUAUGACCCUGCAAGUAGAGCUACUGCCAUGGAACUGCUUCUUGAUACUUAUUUCACCGAAGAACCUUUGCCUACACCUUUGAGCGAAUUGAACGUUCCUUCCUCGAAGAAAGCACAUGAUGAGGGACCCUCCGGAGAGUUUAAUGGUUAUGCGAAUAUGGAAUCCGAUUCCGAUCUUGAGGAGUUUGGUCACAUGGAUGUGUCAAACACUGAGAAGGGUUUCUCUAUUCGCUUCUCCUGACUUGUUCAUCAUCAUACCUUUGCUAUCAAACAUGGAAAUACUUCUGGCCUUGGAACAUCAUAUAAUACACAACCUGUUCUUCUCUUCUGACAAUGUGCUUUGCUUGUUUCAUCUAAUGAUGUUUUCUACUACUAAAUCAAAUCUAUAGUCAGUGGACAAUUGUAUUAUUGGUAUCCAUUUUCAUGUUUUUAAAUCAUCAAAUAAUUGUUCUUUAACUA